AUGGCGAAGCGGCACUUGGCAGGAAUGGUGCGGUCGAGCCCGAAUGUCGUAAAGUUCGACUCCGAGCCUGAGGAGUCUGGGCGCCCAAACUCCUCACCAUCCACAGUGUCAAGGCCGCCCCGCGCGCAGUCCAGCAACGCCUGGCACGAUGUGAUGGAAAUGUGCCGGAAAGGUUUCACGACGAAAAUGAACAGUGUGGGCAACGAGAUCUUGCAAGAUGUGCGCAGCGAAGUCCAGCGUGCCGUCGCGCAGUUGAAGUACGAGAUCUCCACCAUGUUGGAGGUCAGAGAAAAGACAUCCAGCAACAAAAUGGAGUCCAUGAUGGUCAACAUAGAGAAGCUGCAGAAGACUACCGAAGAAGGGGUGAUGAACAUCCACUUCGACCUCAGUCCAGUGCUGCAGGAGAUGCAGAGAGUGAAUGACAUCCACGUCGAGGACCGGAAGAGACUGGAAGGGCAGAUGGAAAAGCUCGUGCAGCAGAUGAAGGAGGUGCAGGUCCGGGCAGACAUAGAGGAGGAGCGGCUCCAAAAGUUGCACGAGAAGCAAGGGGAAACCGAGAGCUUGAUCGCCAGCGUCCAAAGACUGCAGGAGAUGCUGGCCCUGUCCGUCGAGCAGACGACAGAGGAGGUUCAGAAGUCGGGAGUGCAGGCACACGAGGACUUCGGGCAGCUGGUCGCCUUCAACACGGAGUCGUCAAGGCAGCUGAUGCAGCGGCUGGAGGAGCCCCUGACCAUGGACAUGACAGAGAUGCAUCGCGAGAUGAAAAAGUCACAGACAGCAACGUCUGCCGACUUUCGGAUGGUGCUGAGUGAGAUCGGCAAGAUCCAGCAAGCGUUGCACCUGGAUUUCAUUCAGAUGGCAGAGUUCGUGAAGGAGGAGAAGGCGGAGAAGGCAGAGAAGGAGCACAAGCGCCCGAACCUGCCGCCCGCGGAAGUCACCUGCGUGGAGGCACCGCCGCCAGAGCCGAAGCUGGUUGAGGACCCUCCCGGCAAGGUCGACAAGUUCGAGAAGCCACAAGCGAUUCACAGUGGCGCGCAGAGCAUGGCAGUGGGCCACGUGAGCGAGAAGGCUAGCACAAGAGCUUCCAUCAAGCACAGUUCCACCGCACCGGUGGAUAAGGCUGCAGGGCUGCAGGACGACACUGUGCUGAACAUGUCCAUGUCCAGUGAUCUGGUGUACUCGAAGCGUGGGAGUACAGGCGGCGUCAACUCUGAGAAUGCCUUCUCGGCCAAGAAGCACAAGCGUGUGCGGGAAUUCUGGAGUCAAACGGAACCGGCGCCAAUGGAGACGACGGCUGUCCAGACAGACCCGGUGAAGUUCCAGAACCAGCGAGGUAGAAGGAGCGGCCACCCCAAUGCAGACAAGAGCCCCAUGCAGGCGAAGCCGAAGCCGAAGCCCAAACCCCAACGAGUAUUUCAAGAUGCAGAGGCGAUGAAGCAGAAGGCCCGCCAAGCCAGAGUCAAGCCGCAGUACAAUGUAUUCGACCGCUACCACAAGACGGGCUGCGCGCAGUUCAUUGCCAAGCACUGGCUGUUCGAAUACUCAACUUUAUUUGUGGUGUGCGUGAACACCGUUUGGAUCGCCAUCGACACAGACAUGAACCAGUUCUCCAUUAUCACAAAUGCGCCCAUUGCGUUCCAGAUCGCGGAGAACUUCUUCUGUGGAUACUUUUUCUGUGAGCUGCUGAUUCGGUUCUUUGCGUUCCAGUACAAGAGGCAUUGCUUGCAAGACUACUGGUUCCUUUUCGAUCUCUUCCUUGUAGUCCUCAUGGUUGCAGAGACCUGGAUUGUACCGCUUGUGUUCAAUUCGCUUGGGUUGAGGGAGGAGGACCUGGAGGGCACUGUCAAUACCGACGUGCUGCGAAUCUUGCGCUUGGUGCGUAUUCUGCGAUUGUCACGGAUGGCAAAAUUACUGCGCGCGGUGCCAGAACUCGUCAUCAUCAUCAAGGGUAUUGGCUUUGCAGCGCGCUCUGUGAUCGUUUUCUUCAUGUUAUGGACCAUGAUCAUUUAUGUCUUUGCCAUCCUCUUGCGGCAAGUGACGCAGAGCUAUGAUGUUGGAUCCAAAUACUUCUCUUCGGUGCCGAAUUCCAUGAUGACCCUGUUUCUCAGCGGCAUAGUUCCCAGCCAAGCCUCCAUCAUCAAUGAAGUUGGUGUAGCCUCUUGGGUCUUUUGGCUCAUACUGGUGUGCUUCGUGCUGUUGGCCUCUGUAACCAUCAUGUACAUGCUGGUCGGGGUGCUUGUUGAGGUGAUGACGGUCAUCUCUGCUACUGAGAAAGAGGGCAUGACAGUGUCAUACGUGGCCUCGACUCUGCGGCAGCUCAUGCAGCAGCUCAACUACAGUACGGAGGUGCCGCUGUCCCAGCGGGAGUUUCAAACUCUCUUGGUUGAGGAGGAUGUGGACCGUCUCCUGAGUGGGCUGGGCGUCGACGUUGUGGCGCUUGUUGACACAGCCGAUGUCAUCUACGAGGACAUGAACAAGAUGGGAAAAAGCAUGACCUUUGAGAACUUGGUUGACACAAUCCUGAAUCUGCGCGGCAAGAACACGGCCACCGUGAAGGAUGUCAAGGAGCAGGCUCGUGUCAUCAAGUCUAUGGUGCAGCAAACUCUGAAUGCCAAUGGCACGAAGGUCAUGGAGGAGUUCCAAGUCUUGCGCACCGAACUUGCAGCACUUCGGGAAGAGGCUCUGCGACGUGAUGAGGACGAUGAAGACGCGGAUGCAGAUGCUCUCGGCUUUCAGCUGGAGGAAACCGAGCCAUUCCCUGCGAACUCACGCGGGCUGCAAGAGGUGGCAGAAGAGCCUGCGCCAGGAGAUGGAGGCGAAGCAGUGGAGGAAGACUGA